AUGGUAAUAAGCGUUGACCGCAUUGUCUCGCCCGGCAACUUCUCGACCAGCAAGCUCGCAAUGGACCACGAGAUGAACCCCGUCGUGCACAUUGCCGGCACUCAUGAAACCAGAGAAGUCUUGGACGAUGGCAAACAAGAAACAGCUCUAGAAAGAAUCGUCUCCAAAACCCUCAGCCAUCACCCACCCGACUCCAACCCCCUCGAACUCACCACCUCCAAAACCCACACCCACCCCUCCGCCACCGAAGAAACCUCAUCCUACGACGAAGACAACGACAUCUUCCCCGGCGACCACAACGCCCUCUCCGCUUGGCUCGUCCUGCUCGGCUCCUUCCUCGCCCUCUUCCCUUCCUUCGGGCUUAUGGUCAGCAUAGGCACCGUGCAAGACUAUUGGCAGUUCAACCAGCUGUCGGACUACACCUCGCAAACCAUCGGCUGGAUCCCUUCGACUUUCGUCUACCUCUCUCUCGCCCUUGGGAUCUGCUGCGGGCCGCUGUUCGAUCGCUACGGACCUCGCUGGCUUAUGCUUGGUGGCAGCGUCGCGUACGUGAUUAUGAUCUUCUUGCUGGCGGAGUGCAAAGUCUACUGGCACUUCCUGCUUUGUCUUGGCUUCCUCGGAGGACCUGCUGGCGCGGCGUUAACCACCACAUCGCUCGCGGUCUUGAGUCAUUGGUUCAAGCAAAAGAGGGGUCUAGCGAGCGGGCUGGCGAUGGUCGGGAAUAGUUUCGGGGGCGUGGUGAUUCCGUUGGUGCUGAGAGCGGCACUGCCCAAGUACGGAUACGCGUGGACUAUCAGGAUCUUGGGGUUCGUGUUCGUGGUGUGUCUGGUCGGGGCAAAUUUCCUGGUGCGCCCGAGGUUGAAGCCGUCGCCUGAUGCAAAGAAGGUGGAUAUUUUCUCGUUGGAGCUGUUUGGGAAGACGGAUUUCGCCUUUCUAACGGUCAGUGUGUUUGGGAUUGAGAUUGUGCUGUUUGGGGCGCUGGGGAUCUUGCCGACGUAUGCGAGUAUUGGGAGCGACUACCCGCCGGCGACGGGUUACUAUCUCAUCGCCGUCAUGAACGGCGUUUCUUGCUUGGGCCGCAUCAUUCCUGGAUUCAUCAGCGAUAUCGUGGGGAGGUUCAACACGUUGGGCGUCAUGAUGGUCAUCACCCUGGUCUUUAUGCUGGUCGUCUGGCUUCCAUUCGGCCACACCAGCCUGGUCGCUCUGUACGUCUUCGUGGCGUUGUUCGGAUUCGGAACUGGCAGCUGGAUGGCGAUGGUUCCAGCUUGCGUGGGCCAGCUGUCCGGACCACAUCAUUUUGGCCGGUACUUUGGGACGCUCUACUUCAUCGCUAGCUUGGCGACGCUGGUCUGCAUACCCUUGUCUGGCGCUUUGGUUGAGAAGGUCGGCCCGCAAGCUUUGGUCGGGUUCAUGUGCGUCAUCCUCGCGCUGAGCAUCGGGACGUUUGUGGCGAGUCGAUGGGGGCUGCUUGGGUGGAAGUGGAAGUGGACAGCGAUAGUAUAG